GGCUGUACCCAGGGUCUGAGAGGCGGAAGUGUCAGGGGCAAGGGGCCUGCCUUCUAGUUCCUCCCCACGUGGAGCGCGCGAUGCGAACGACGGGGGAGUUGGGGUCUCGGGGGAAGCUCCCGCCGGGAUCCGGGCCUAGUUGACUUGUCUGUGUCUGUGUCCAGGGAGACAUGGAAUACUGUCUGGCGGCCGCGGCGCUGAACGGAGUGGACCGGCGCUCGCUACAGCGCUCUGCUCGCCUGGGGAGGGAAGUAUUGGAGCGCGCCAAGAGAAGGGCAGUGGACUGGCAUCCUCCAGAGCGAUCCAGAGGCAGCGUGGGGGUCCUUUACCGCCAGGGCCCUUACCAGGAAAGAUGGUCCGUCCCGGGUUCCCAGCGCCUCCUAGGAGAGAGAGAAGAAAGGCGCCCAACCCUUAGCUCUUCCUUCAGAACGAUGGCUGAAUUCAUGGACUAUACUUCAAAUCAGUGUGGGAAAUACUACUCGUCUAUGCCAGAGGAAGGCGGGGCAACCCACGUCUACCGUUAUCACAGGAGGAAGCCUCCAGAAACGCACGUGUACUCAGACACUGUGAGCGUUCAAGAACAAAGAAACUGCAGAGGAGAGACAUCUGUUGGUCCAGGAAGCAUCUACCAAACAUCAGAGCAUUCUCAAGAGUCAUCUUGGCCUACUGACUACAUCUCUAAGGACCUCUACAUAGAAGUAUCUCCAGGGACCUAUUCUGUCACUGUGGGCUCCAGUCCCUUAACCAGGAAGACGCACGUGGUUGCAGUUGACUCGGGGCAAAGUGUUGACUUGGUCUUCUCCGUAUGAUGUUGACCAUCACUGCCGACAUUUCACUCUUUAAGUAGCAAGAAGAAUAAAACCACCCUAUAAUUGUCUCAAUAA